CGACAGUCGCGUACGUCGAAGGAACGCGUUGCAUCGCGUUUUUCCGCGGAACGUGUAUUUUUGGGAAAAUAAUUAGAGAUAUCUGACAUUUGAAUUUAUUUUUUCGACGAAAGUCCACAGUCAAAACUCUCGAACGCGACAAUCGAUAAGAACAUGGAUAUAUUACACAGAAAAAGAACGGAGCAGAAGGAACAUUUCACUCUUGAGCGGAGGAAUCAGCUGUCAAGUUGGCUGCCGUGGCCGCGUCUAGAGCUCACCGCUCUUGUCAGCCGAGUCAGUAGCCAGUCCUCGCCAGUUGGUAACAGACCUUCGAGCGGGUCGUGCGCGUGAAAUCGACGACUGCGUGUUCUGUCCCCGUGUUCGGUCGAGCGUUUCCUCGAUCCGAUCGCGUCUGGAAACGCGUCAGCGUCCGAAGCGGUGCCGUAGUCUCGUGUCUGUCGACGGGGAGGAGGAAACGGCGAGUGCCAUCGUCGUCGUCAUCAUCCGCGCGACGUCGCGUCGACGGUCAGCUGCCAUGGGGCUCGUCGACGGGAUUAUUUGACCCACGGGAACGACUCCAGGCUCGUCGGUGGGAUCGUGAGUUUUGUCUCGCGUAAGCGCUGCAAAUCGGUAUGCACUGCCUAGGCGCGGUGACGGGAGGUGGCACCUCCAGCCCGAACGGGGCUGGUGGCCGGGGUGGUGUUCUCAGCGUGUUUCGAGCCCUUGGAGUCCUAGUGUGCGAAGGGAGAAUCCAGGGCCCUCCGCGUGGCUACAAAGAGGGCCCACACUGCGCACCGCCUAUGCAGGCGGUUCCGAACGACCACGUGUGCGACGAGAACAACUAUCUGUGCAAUCGAUACCGAGUACUGAUUCAAGAGAUCGCUGAACGCCUCUUCAUCGGAUCGUAUCUGUGCGUGGAAGUGCUUCUAUGCAGCGAUUGUCCGUGUGGUUUGACAAAGUCCACAUGCAAAUAUCCCGUGUGUCCCGUGCCGUCCUUAUCCAUCUCGCCAUGGCAAAAGUGUACUUCGGAAAUGUUACUGGAGUACUGGUGUAUUUGCGUUGUCCCGAGCAAGAAUCAAGAACCAAUGAAUUUUCAAGGAUUAUACCAGGCAGUACGAUCGCGAUUGCACUUCAGCCAAGUCGCGGCUUGGUGGUCGCGCAGCAACGGCGCGGACCCGAGCUACAUCGCCACCCGGAUCGUGCCGUACACCGAGGACAAUCUCAGCAAAUUCCGGGAGACGCCAGUAGAACAUACCUUCCCUUUGGCUGGGAACGGCGACGGAAAUUCCAUCAAGGUAACAGUUUGGGCACUACCGCGGAUGGAGGAAGUGCCUGUGCUCACGUGCACGCUGCAUCCGAAAAAGGAGAAGGACGAGGAAGAUAUCGCGAGGGCGUUAACGCCCACCAAGAGCAUCCCGUUGGGAUCCGUCAGCGCGCAAAACCUCGAAGGCCUCGUCUUGCCUGCUCUGGUGGAUGACAGACUGCAAACUACCUGCAACAAAUCGGGCAAACACGACUGUCGCUGCGAGGAGGAAGAUACGUCUCCAUUAUCGCCUACCAUCAGGUCUAACGGUGAACGGAAACGUCGUCGAUCGCUUCCCUGCGGCCCGGCGGAGAGCCCUUGCGUGACCUUGCAACCUGCGCCGUUGCCGUCCGUUCAAGAAUGCAUUCUACAAGUGAUAAAAGACAACGUCAACUCGUCCAGUUUGAUGAAUUCGGGAGGCUCUAUCGAGAUGGCAAACAACAAUCGUAGCGUGACGCGGACACUUCAGAACAGAUCAGAGAAUAGGGACGAGGUGAAGACUCGUAACAAUCUGAAUUCGGAUCACUUGGAGCGUUGGUUCAAGAUACAGUUGAAGAUCGAGAAGGAUGAGGGCAAUUUGGAAAAACGUUGCAAGCGUACGACUACCGGGGAAAACUCGGAGGUUGUCAAUUCGAAAAUCAACGUUGAUCGGAUUCAGGAAAGCUACAAUAAUUCUGCUAAGAAUUCCAACAAUUCUGGAAGCGAACCUAGUGGCUCGUCGGAGGUUAUAUCCACCGCGAAAAGCGGUGGAUUGUUAGACAAUCUCGGGAGUACCUUUGCUCCCGUCAGCUGGUCUUUCGUUUCUUCUUGGCAAAACAGCAAUAUGAAUAGCAAAUUUCAGAGUUUUCGCGGCGCAAAGAUCCGUUUCAACGAUGCCGACAAAAGUUACAAGUCACCGAUUUUUGCCGAUGUGUCCAGUCAUGCUCCGGUCGGUCCUUAUGCUCAGUCCAAUCCUUUCCACGAAUCAAAUCCUGGACCGUCAACGUAUGAAUUGUUGCAAAAGUUAGAUAACUCCGCUUGCCCUGUACAUCAGAGUUGCUCCAAGAAUGUCAAUAAGAUUGUUGCGGAGACGCGAGUAUCGACUGGUCAAGAUGCGUUAGAAAUUAAUAAAGAAGACAAUACCACCAAGAAUAACCAGAGGAAAGUCGAUAAGCGAAGUCAAUUGAUGUGGACGCUAUCGUCUUCCGACGAGAAAGACAAGAGGGAAGAGGGAGGAUUAUUUGAGUGGUUCAGCAAGGUACCUGGAAGAGUCUUGGGUGUUGCAGCUACCAAGGGCUACGUCGAUAGCGACAAGACAAAGAACGGAAAUUUGAAACAGCCGGACCAUUCAACUGGACAGCAAGACACUAAUCAAGAAAUCAAAUUUAAGAAUUGCAAUCUAGAGUUGAGUCAGCGGGAGGUUGACGAAGUGUUGGCGGUGCUACGAGCUAGAACACCAUCGGGGCGUAGAAGGGCCACUAUCAAGAAUGUGAAGAAACGUGGAGAACGACUCGACAGAGGUUGCGACGACGUAGUGGAGAAGGUUCCGCCAAAGUGCGCGAAUUCGGACGAAGGAGUAGCUCGGAGCAAUUCUAUAAAUCGCAAUGUCGGAACCGUCCGAGUUCGCGGCCUUAAAUCUUGCGAGGAUUGCAGCCGCGGAGUGUGCAAGAAGAUAGAUCAUCAAGUACCAGAAGAGCAGCCGAGCCCUCUAGAUCGAGUCUAUUACGACUUGAACGUUUAUCAUCCGGCGCGUUCGAAGCUGAUUGGUAACGCUGACAGAUUAAACGAGGAUCCGCGUGUGGAAAACGCGAACCGUUUGCGGAAUGUCUCCACUAAAGCGGACGUGUUGCUCGGAGCGAUUCUACGGACUACGAAGGACCCUCCGAAGGGCCUGCCGGACAUCUCAUCAAACGGGACCAGAUCAAGAUCGACGAUUAGCAUCGACGAUGAUAGCAGCGACGAUGAUCUUCAUUCUUCGAGCGUCGAUCGGCAGGACCACAGGACAACUAUCUCGCCUGACGACGAGAAAGAAUCCUUGCCGUUCAACAAGAGAUUUCACCGGUUCCGGCAGUUGUUCAAGAAAGAAAUGAAUAAGAGGCUCGCCAUGAUGGCGGAGGAGAGUCCAUUCUCGUCGGAGAAUUCGACACCGAGUUCAACACCGCUGCCGCAAUGCUUCAAUUCAACGUCGUCGCGCUACAACAACGAACAGUCGAAUUUGCACCACGUGAGAAACGGCAGGGCGAAACGACGAAUCGACUUUGCGAACUUUUCAGAGGAGAGAGAGGCUGCAGCAACGGCUCCGGAGCUCAGUACAAAAGACGCACAUCAAAACCUACGCAAAACGCAUAGUACAAAUAGCAACGAUCGGGAAUGUAACGAUUCUGCGGGCCUAAAUAACCGGCAGAAUUAUCAUGACGGACGGUUGCUCGUAGGUAUGAAGGAAUCCUCCGAGAUCGGGAAUGGGGAAUGCAAGAACACGAGGGAUAUUGUUGCCGUUCAUCGGAAGAACGAUUCGACCAGUCCGACUACCACUCUGCAGAACGGACAUUCGUCUUCCAAAGUGCGAAACAACAAUAACAAGGACGAUUUCGCGGAGACUACGGGAGACGACGAGACUGUCGACAAGAGCGUUCCGUCCGCUCUCGAGCAGGAGAGAUUCCGCAGAUCCCUGGAGAACGCGGCGUCGAUGGUGUUCCACAGUAGAACUGGUCUGCCGCUGACUUCCAGCCCGGCGCCUUUGAGGAGGGGCAGCUGUUGCUUCGACUACGACAGCAGUUUGAAUUCCGUCUCCUCGAAAAGAAACGCGUUGUUCGAAUUGAAUACGCCGCCGAGUCCAGGUGCGGUUUCGUUGGAAGAGACAGAUCGUGAGACAGAGACUGCCGGUGACGGCGAAGAGACGCCCAAGAGACGCUCCAGCUCUCGCCACCGACCGCAGAGUCACGCUCUUCUAGGCAGCUUCGAGGAGUCGGCGUUGAAUGGCAGACUUGAGCCUGUGUCUACGGUUCACGGUUUCACAGCGGAACUUGGGGCCAGCGGUUCCUUCUGCCCGAAACAUCAGAAGCUUCCAGUUACUGUGUUCUUCUACACGCUCGGUGACAACGAUAAAGUCUCCACACCAUACCUUGCUCAUAUUAAUCUUGAGAAAAAGGGCUAUCAGGUACCAAGAAAUGGCACCAUCCAAGUGACUCUUCUCAAUCCACUGGGUACAGUCGUUAAGAUGUUCGUAGUAUUGUACGAUCUAUCUGACAUGCCGCCGCGAUCUCAUACUUUUUUACGUCAAAGAACACUGCGGGACAAAACACUGCGCUACCUCGUUCACCUUAGAUUUAUGUCCAGCAAGUCGGGUCGAAUUUAUCUGCAUACGGACAUCCGUAUGAUCAUCUGCCGCAAGUCCGACGUGGACACGGCGUCGGACUUGGGCUCGGAACCGCCGAAAGAACUCAGGAGUUACAUCCACGGCCCUACGAAUCCGAAAUUUUCGCCAAGGUGCUGAGCCACGUGGUACUUUCCAUGGGGCUGCUGCCAAUCGUUCCGCCCGCCCAGUCCCCCUCAAGUCGAAGUAUGAUAUCGCGACGAACGAUUCGACAAGAUCCAAAUUGGAGAUUUUUCUUCUUCUAACUCUUUGCGAUGCGGACAAUUAUGAUGAUUAUUAUUUUAAUGAUAAUAGAAGAAAGUGAUCGGAAAGUGUUCUUAUUAUUUAUUAUUUCUAAACGGUUUGUUCUGUUCAAAUUAUCGGGAACAGUUUGUAGGAAUAAGUUAUGUUAUAGUUGUAAUAAUAUUUAAGACGAAAAAUAUGUGUACAUAGUUCUUUCGAAUUAUUAUUAAAUAUUAUUUCUUUAAAAAUUUUUUUUUAUCGCGAAGGGUUAUAAGGGAGGGGAGUGAUGAAGAAAAUACGCGAGGGUAUAUUACGCGGAAAGAUUACGCGAACAAAUCAACCGCUCACGUUGGAAGAAUAAUUUAUAUCGUCACUCAUCGUGAUAUAUAUCUCUUCUUUUUGGAUUAUUGUAAUAAGUAGUCGAGGUUUUCUUGGGUUGCUUUUGGCGGAGAGCCAAGGGUUAGAUACAUAUUAUGAAAUUGUUCCAGCAAUUAGGUUCCAACACAAUUGAUUCGCAAAACUAAAAACUCGAAAUUGCGAUUGCGCAGGGUCGGAUUAACCAAUAGGCAAACUAUAUAGACACUGCUUCAGUGAAGAAACAUUUUAUUUAUAACAAAAAAAUUAUUUUGUAUUACAGUUUCUCUUUAGUGUUCAUGUGUUUAAUUAAUUUUCAAAAAAUCCUCGCCUUACAUAGGCCCUCGCCAAAAUUUGCCUAGGGCACAUUAGGUUAAUCCGGCACUACGAUUGCGUAAAGCUAACUCGAAAUUGCUCCCAGUGUUAUUUGGAUCCAUGAUUCGCGCUUGCAAUAUAGAAUAAUACUGCGUAUAAGUAUAUAGUGAGAAUUUUCGUUUUAGAUUUGUUCUAUCAUUUCUUCUAUCAGUUCCUUUGUAUCAUAGCAUUAAUGAUAUUACAUAACGAAAAUUCUGGUACAACAAAUCGAAUCUUUUUAUUCCUGGUCGAAUAAUUGACGAUCUUGAUGAUAAUUGAUAUCGACUUGAAGUUCGCAAAUUUCUUUGUGCUAUGUAUAAUAAUUAUAUUAUUCUAUAUUCUAUACUUAUAUAGUAUACCUGCGUGUGUAAAUAAUUAUUCUAUAGUGCAUGCUGCUAAUCAUCAGUUUAAUUUCCGGAGUUUAUCGCAAAAGCUGGACGAUCUCGUUGGGAGGCCAUUUUCUCAACUUAUUAUUGCUGUAAAUAUAGUCACGCGUAGAGAGUAAGUCGAGUUUUUAAGCAGGAUGAUAACUGCCAUUGUGUGUGUAGCACUCUACGUUGAAACGAAAAAAAAAAAAGAAGUGAUAUAAGCGCGGAAAAA